UUAGUGUCAACAGCGGAAUUGUAUGGAUGGAGCAGAAACGAUUUGCCCUGCAUAUCAUGAGAGAUCUAGGAUUUGGUAAAACGCGGAUGGAAGUCCACAUAAAGGAAGAGAUUGCCCACCUUUUGAGCGAGCUAGAAGAAUUUCAAGGGAAACCAGCAAAUGUCAGGCGAUUUUUAGCACCUAGCACCUCAAAUAAUAUAUCCGCUCUGAUUUUCGGUCGACGGAUUGAUUAUCAUGAUCCUAUGAGAAUUCUUCUGGAUCAGGUUAUUACAGAACUGAUUCGCUUCUUCAGGCCCACCAGCAUUCAUGCUUGGUUUCCAUGGGUGAAAUCUUUGCUGUUCUAUUUCAAGCUUUGGGACUACGACAAGUUGGAAUUUGCAAUUGAAAAACUGAUGGCUUUUGUAGAUAAAGAAAUCGACGAGCAUCAAUUAAGCUUGGAUCCAAAUUUCAUCCGAGACUACAUGGAUGGCUUCCUUUUACAGAUGGAACAAAGGAAAUACAGGGAACCCAAUACAUCCUUUACUCGUGCCAUGCUAAAAGGCAAUGCUCCUUCCCUCAUUGGGGCAGGUAGCACUACUGUCAGGGCGACUGUUGAAUGGACUUUGCUGACUAUGGCCAAAUAUCAGGAUGUGCAAAAGAAAAUCCAGGAUGAAAUUGAUGAGGUUAUUGGUCGCGAGAGAACUCCCAACUGGGCUGACCACAUCCAUUUGCCCUAUACAGAAGCUGUUCUCAUGGAAGUACAGAGAUGGAAGACAGUUGUGCCCAUCAAUCUACUUAGAUAUACAACAGAAGACAGCGAUGUUAUGGGCUAUGAUGUUCCAGCUGGUAUGACGGUUAUCGCCAACAUCUACGCCAUACAUAAUGAUCCAGACUAUUGGGAUGAACCUCAUCUUUUCAAACCAGAGAGAUUUUUAUCAGAAGACGGAAAGGAAGUCGUCAAACAUGAGUGCUGGAUACCGUUUUCGCUAGGUAAAAGAGCUUGCCCAGGUGAAACUCUGGCCAAUGUAGAAGUAUUUCUGUAUGCAACGAGCCUUUUGCAAAAAUUCCAUAUAGAAUUUCCUGAAGGAAAACACCAUAAUUUUGAAGGAGUGGUUGGUGCUACUUUUGAACCGACGCCAUACGAACUUUGCAUGGUUCCAAGACUGUGAACUGAUUACUUAACUAUCUUUUUAUUGUAAAAUACCAUUUUCAUGAGUUGAAGCAGAGGAGUUCUCUCUAUAUAAAUGUUAUGUGCUUUUUUUCAUAUGAAAACAUUCAUCUCUAAAUUUUAUGAUGCACAUCUAUGAAAAUUUUGGACUGAAUACAUGGAAGCCAAUUUCUUAAAGGAAACGAAACGUACACCAUUUUUUCUAUUACAUAAUUUCUUUUUAAGCUGGUCAUCUCUUGGUAUGUGCACAGAGCUUUUGGUUGCUUACCUGAGUCAGCUGUUGAAUGCUCAUCAUUCUUCAAUUUUUGAAUUCUCCAUAUUCACUCAAAAUUGCAUACUUUAACAUAACAUUAAACUUCAGGUUUCAGGUCUUUUAGAGCUAAGUCACAUUUUAGUAAUGCUUCAAGAAAAUUAAAUUUCUUUUAAAAAUAUUAAAUUUUUAUAUUUUAUAUCAUUUAAACAGACAUUGCAAAUGAUCUGAAAAUUUCACUAAUUCGCAUUAAUUAUGAAAACAUUGUUGUGUCUACAAGUGUGUUUUAUUGUAAAAAAUGUAUUUUAUGCAUAUUUUUGUUUUGUUGCGUCUAAUAAAAGAAUAUGAGAAAAUCUAA